CUUGAGCGCAAGCUCGACGUCGCCGAGUUACGACCGCCGCCGGGUGAAAGCUUGCCGCAGACGUACCGCGCGUGCCCUGCCGACCGAACGUCUGAUCGUGUCUCCGUCGCGACAGCUCCGCUUACCUGUUUAUGUGUGUAUGCGUGUGUGUGUGUGUGUGUGUAUAUAUAUAUAUAUAAGCCCCUCCGUCUCACACUCGCUGGCCACAGGUUGUACCGCUGAAGAUCUCCGACCGCGGGCACCAACUCCGGGAAAUAACGUGCGGUAAUCGUCGCCCGCGAUCAUGUCGGUGCCGUCACCGUCGCCUGCGGCGUCAGCAUCGCGAUAGACGGUGGACGCGUGAGCGUGACGAGACCUACGGACAGAGUUAUUUGACGACACAUUGACAGUGGUGCACACGUGAUGGUGAUGGUGAUGACGACUACGACAACGACGAUGACGAUGAUGAUAUCGUCGGAAAAUGAUUGAAUCGGCAGCCGCUCUGUUACACGAGCAGACUGCAGUUUCCGGCUGUCCGACGACGACUCGCAGCUGCAGCCGCACGCGCCCAAACUGCGACCGCGGCCGACGGUGAAUGCCCGUCAGCUGUAUUAUGCUGUCGUACAUGGCGCCAUCCGUUAGCGACAAGCCGCCAACGGUGCCCAGCCGGCUGGUGCUGGAACACAAGUCGUCCGCGGCCGCGGCCACGGCGUACCACCGGUUCAGCCGACCGGCGUCCAGCGUCACAUUCAACGUGCAGCAGCUGGACGGUCACCAGCAGCGUGAAGGGUUUGGCGCCCUGCCCGUACCGCCCGUCCGGCGAACCAUGGUAAAAGAGGACAGCACGAGCAGCAUCGCAUCCAGCGUCAACAUCGACGCUGUGCUGCCGGCCACGCACGAGAGUAAACGGCCGGCCACCAAACCGGCUGCUUCCAAAAGAGUUUCGUUCGGCAGUUCAAAAGGAUCUAUGGUUGAAACAUUGAUAUACGACAGCCCUCCUGUCCAAGAAGAGAUAUUGGAUAUAAGUGAUAUUGACGACUCUGACGGUACUGUUGCGUCCACUAAGGUCCGGGUGAGCUUUUUCGAAUCCGAGAAACCGUGUGUGCUACCUUCACCGCCCAAAUCGUUGGAAAUAUUUGGCGACAGCACGAUGACCACUUCAAGUCCUAUACUUCAAAGGUCAAAUGGCCACGUCCAAACGCAGAUUAGUUCGGACGGUUGGGAUAAUCCUUUCAGACCCGACGGCGACUUGUCCAAAGAAGCUGACCAGAUAGUCGAACUGAUUAAAGAAGGCAAACCGAUCACGCCGACGCCCACGAGUGCUACGUCGCCGCUGUUGCCCGACCACAGCACGGACGUCAAACACGACCAACAACCGGUGACGUCCACGCCAACAAAGGCGAACGGAACGUGCAACGAGAAGAACGCUGUACCGCCCAACGUGGAAGUCCAAAGAGGAACUGUGAUAAAUGGAAACGAGCCUUCCCAAGUGGAACACGUAGUAUUGAAGAAAAAACCAAAAUGCAGGUGUUGUGUGAUACAAUAACACGCGACCGGAUAUACACUCGUUUUUAUUUCUAUGUAAAACAUAAUAAUCCAAAAAUGCAUAAACCAAAAAACAAGAACACGCUGUACCUUCAGCUAUGUUGUUCGUGAGAUGAUCACGUCCUCGCGAUUCAAAAUUAUUUUUCAGAGCUAUAUUAUUAUUAUAUAUAUAUAUGUUUGUACCUAUGUUUGUAUUUAUAAGUAUAUAUAAAACUUUACAAUUUGUAUUAUAAAAAUAAUGACUUUUCUAUAUAAAUACCUGGUAUUAUACGGUAUAAAUAAAUGUCACAUAGUUCCUUUUUAUAUAUAUAUUAUGAUAUUUAUUGAUUAAAAAAAAAUAUGUAAUAGUAUAGCAAUAUUGCUUGUGACAUAUUAUAUUAUACUCGUGCAUGUUAUUUGGACAACUGUGGUUCGUAAUGAAGACGGGGGAAAGCGAAAAAAAUGUAAAUUUUCACGCAGUCAUACAAUAUAGGCGCAAACGCACGCUCAAAAAUUUCAUUUUACGAAUUCACAAUAGGCAAAUAUAUUUUUUCAGUAGCUAAACCCCUACUCUUUCUGUGAUUAUAUAUAUUUUUUUUUUUUUUGUUUUGUUAUUUAUUUUUUAUUUAUUACUUGGCAGAUAUUGUUCUAGGGAUUCAGCGAAUUAUAACAUUUAUUGUAUACCAUAUAAAUAUAUUUUGUAAUUUUCAUUUUGAUUUAUUGGGUAAAGGAAGAACGUUAUGAUGUGGGAGUGUUCACUUAAAUAUUUUUCAUGAAGUAUGGAAAUGUUGGAAACUUAACGAAAUUUUGACCUUUGAAGUGUUGACAUUCAUUUAAAUCGCUUUCACUAUGACAUCUUUUCUAAUUGUACAUUUAUCCUAAAAAAUAUAUAUAUUUAAAUUGUUAAAAAUUCUUUGUAACUUUAAAAUAUUCGUUGCAACAGAUAUCAUUUUUACAAUAAACUUCAUACUAUUUUGUAAUAUACUAUAAUUCCAACAUUUCCAGUGUAUAAUUCUUAACAACUAUGUAUCGUUUCUGAACAAUGUCAUAAUAAUAAAUAUAUUUGUACUUGAGUACCUAUUGUAUUGUAUAUCAUGUUAUUUGUUAUUUUUCGAGAACCAAUUUUCCUAUUUGUACUUGAAUUUAUGUGUAAAAAAUCCGAAAUCUAUGUUUGUAUCUCAAUAUAAUAU